CGUUCCAGCCUGGGUUCUGACGAUGUGACGGAUCAUUUUUUUGUUUCUUGUAAAACUAGGCUUUUUGGUUUCGCACCUAAAAACGCAUCGAAUAAGUAGAAAUUUUGACAGGGUUCGAGGUGGUGUCCGUCCAUCGUACAUCCAUCCGUUAGUUGUUUGAUCGCCGUUUGAUUGCGAUAAUUUUAUGUCAACUUGAUAACGAUGAUCGAAGUUUGGUCAUCAUGUCAACAGUCAUCGAGAUUGACGACAGUUCGCACCCGGUUGAGGAGGACGGUCGUGUCAUCGUUACGAUUGACCGAAUUGACUUGAGGGUGACGUAUAAUGAUUUCUUCUCCGAGUAUAUGAUACGCAACAAACCGUGUGUCAUCAAUCUAGAGGCAACCGAGAACUGGCCGUGCAGACGUGAAUGGGUGCUCGACGGAGCGCCAAAUUUCGAAGCUCUACGCUCGUUGUUCGAACGCUGCGUUGUCCCAGUCGCCGAUUGUAACAAAAAGUUCUACAACUCGCAAUUCAAAGACGACAUGUCCAUGGAGAGUUACUUGAAAUAUUGGAUCAGUUACAAGCAAAACGAUUACGCCAGAUCGAUGCCUCUGUUGUACCUGAAAGAUUGGCACUGCGUGAGGAACUUUCCCAAUGUUCCGAUUUACGAAGUGCCUCGAUAUUUUGCGUCCGACUGGUUGAACGAGUAUUACAUCGCUCAUCCCGAAUUAAAUGACGAUUAUAUGUUCGUUUACAUGGGACCAAAAAACACAUGGACUCCGUUACACGCGGACGUUUUUACAUCGUACAGCUGGUCCGCGAAUAUAGUUGGGAGAAAGAAAUGGUUAUUCUUCCCGCCGCAUGAGGAAUGUUAUCUUCGCGAUCUUUACGGGCAGUUAGCGUACGACGUGAUCUCAGAAGAGCUUAAUGAUCGAACAAGAUACAAAAUGUAUGAUAGUAAAAAACUGAAAUGUUUCAAUGUGAUUCAAGAGGCAGGAGAGAUUAUAUUUGUGCCAUCCGGAUGGCAUCAUCAAGUUUGGAAUUUGGAGGAUACAAUUUCCAUUAACCAUAAUUGGAUCAAUGGCUGUAAUAUCAUGAAUGUAUGGUGUGCGCUAAAGAGCGAAUUAAGGUCCGUCAUGAAAGAAGUUGACGAUUGCAAGGACAUGAAAAACUGGAACGAACAUUGCCAGCUGAUGCUGAAAACCUCGUACGGCAUGGACUACAAACAAUUCUUCGAGUUAAUAUCAUUUAUUGCUAAGAAUCGUUUACAUGCUAUGAUAAAAAAGAGCCAAGUUGUAAGCUUCAAUAAGUAUUGUUUCGGACGAAAUCACUGUUUGUUUGAUCUGCAAGCACUGAAAAAUGUAUUGGAAAAUAUUAUCGCGGACGCUCGAGAUUUAUCCGUUUAUGAUUUAAUGUGUGAAAACGACGAAGCCUGUGUAUUAUUGAAAAACAUUACUUCAUUUCUCGAGUCCUCCUGUUCAACAUCGGAGAAAAAAAUUGACAAUCUCUCGAAAACGUGAAACGCGGAGCAAAUUUGUCGCCGAACGUGCGAAACAAUCUUUGUUGCGAAAUUUUUGUCUUUUGUUUUUGUAAUUAAUAUAGCUUGCACUUUCUCAGUUUGCCAUAGCAAACGUUCCUAUGCAGAUGAUAUCUCUAGAGUUUUAUAAAUCUGUGUGCCUUAACUUUAUUUAAAUUUUCUCUUAAAAGAUAACACUUUGCAACUUUGCGUUCUACAAAAUUAUGUCUGUACAAUAAGCACACGUUAUUAGAUCUAAUUAUAGCAUACGCAAUUAUUCACAUAAUCGUGAAAAAAAAUUGUAAUAAUUCACAAUUCAAAGAAAAGACUUUAAAUGAUUAUUUGCACAGUGUAAACUAUGACGCGAAAAAGCAAUGUAUAUAAUCUUAUAUUAUAUAAUAAAAAGAAAAAAAAUAUAUAUAUAUAAUUAUUAGUAUAAAUUACAUUAAAAACUCUCUUACAGAGAAAAAAGCGUGCGUAAAAUAAAUCGUUAAUCCUAAAAAAUGAUUAAACAUAGAAAAGUGUAAUUUAAUUGAUCAUGUAUAUAUAUAUGUAUAUACUAUUCUGUAAGUGUAACAAUUUACAAUAAAAAUUUAAUCUAAUCUCUAUCAAGUUGUGGUGUAACUUAAUAAAAAGAUACUUCUAUUGCCUGUGAAAAUAAAGUAAAUCUCGCGAAAACGUAACGUAACUUAUUUAUAGAGCUCUUAUGUAUUGUCUUAUUUACUAUCAAUUAAUGUAAUUUUAUAUUCCUAUAUCUAAAGAUAUAACUGUAUAUAUAUAUGACCGCGCGCGUGUGUGCGUUUAUAUAUGCACAUGUAUGUACACACACCAGUGAACACACACAGCGCAUACAACAUGGCUCUUAUAUACUCUUAAUAAAAAUAUACAAAAUUUAUGUACAAAAUGUGUCUCACUUGCUUUCAGCAAGAAGUGAUUAACAUACCAAUUAAAAGACUACUUUUAGACCUUGAUCCGAUCAAAUUAAAUUUUCGUAAUCCUUGCUUAUCUAUAUAUACACACAUACUUUUACAUAAAUUUUUGAAAUAUAAUAUGUAUUAUUUAUAUGCGUGUGCGCGUAGACUACUUAUAUAUUCAUUUCCAAGUACAUAUGUGAUUUAUAUCCUUCCAAUGUACGCUAGAAUUUAUAUAUAUAUAUAAUAGAUCUACAUGUAUAUAUGUAUAUAGAUCUUAUGUGUGUAAGGAUUAUGAAAGUUUUUAUCACUUGAUCAACGCGGUUUUUCAAUUUGUGAAGAAUUUUAGAUAAUCUUAGCUAUUGACUAUUGACUAUUAUAAAACAAAAAAACGAAAUAAGACAGAAUUCACAAUUUGUCUUGUUUGCGUAUAUAAUAUGCAUGUGUAUUUACUAAUCAAUAUAAAAAAAGUGUUUUCUUUUUGUUUUCUUGCUAGAAAUUUUGUGUUUUUCCUGAUAUAUAUAUAUAUAUAUCUGCUUACACACUGAUACGAAAUAUUGCACCGGCAAAGCUAUCUAAAACCGAGAAACUUGUGGCUCUUGAUUCUUUCACGUGUUCUCGAGUAUAAAAGAAAGAUAUUGUCAUAGUUGAAAAUAUUGUUGAGCGCUUUUAGUUUUGAAUAAAAUUUUUCUUCGAAGAUACAAGUAAAAUGAAAACUUGCAGAACUCUGUGUACACACACAUUCUCUCUCCCGUUUAAAUUCAAAAUCUCUUUUUAUACUUUUACAAAGUAAAGAAAGAAAAUAUUGUGAAUUGUUUGUUUUCCACUUACGUUGAGUAUAUAUCUA